GCGGGUGAGAGGUCGGAGGUGGGAGAGCGGCGCCCCCGGAACGGGAAGCGGAGCGCGGCGCCUCCCGUUGUCCCACGGCGCGCACGAGGGGUUCCCGCGCCGGCCUGCGCUUCUCCCGCCAUGAGCCUGCCCCUCAACCCCAAGCCGUUCCUGAACGGGCUGACGGGGAAGCCGGUGAUGGUGAAGCUGAAGUGGGGCAUGGAGUACAAGGGCUACCUCGUCUCCGUGGACGGCUACAUGAACAUGCAGCUUGCAAACACAGAGGAGUACAUAGACGGUGCGUUGUCUGGACACCUGGGUGAAGUUUUGAUAAGGUGCAAUAAUGUUUUGUACAUCAGAGGUGUGGAAGAAGAGGAAGAAGAUGGAGAAAUGAGAGAAUAGGUGUUUUGUAUUUCUGGAAAUAAACUUUUUUUUUUCUUUUCUGUUUUUCAUACUUUUGUAGCAAGAUGUUUAUUUCCAUUGUGUGUUAGUAUGGGGAAAAUUAACCCUUUAAAAGAUCUUUAAUAUUUGACUGGUGUUUGAAAAACUAAUGCUGGAGGAACAGCAGGUAAUUAUUUCAAUUUAAAGUUGUAAAUAUUGAAAUGAAAAGUGAGUAUUUAAAAAUACCAGUUAUCUUCCCAUCUGUAAUACAGAAAGACUUAGCAGCAUCUAUAUUUUGCAGUAUGUAUGUCAUGACUAUUUAAAUACAUUUCAUCUUUAAAAUUGUUUAUAAAACAUUUGGAAUUAGCUGGGAAGAUUUCACUGCAAGUGUGGUGUGGAGAUCUGUUAUACCCCAGUUUCUCUCAGAAAUGUUCUCCUGCUUUGAGUCAGGAAGCUUGAAGUGUGGCUGCAUGGUCAUUAAGGAAGGACAAAUGUGUAUCAGCUUAGCAGCCAGCAGCCACACAGGCAAAAGCAGCUGCAGGGAUCCACAGGCUUGAGUGGCAAUAUUAGGGUUGAGACAAGAGACUGCAGGGUGGGAGUGUGCUUUGUGAGUCUCUGCUGGAGAAUGGGAAGGGUACUGUGGUCCUCCUCAGCAGGUUGUGAAGAGAUGUUCUGCCUAAAAGCUGCACAGGUUGUGGCUGUCAGGAUACAUCCUGCAGAGAAAUACCUCCCUGUUUCAUGUUGGAAAUCAUCCCUGGAGCUAUCCAUGUGUUCCUUUAAUAUUUACAUAUGUAAGUUUCUAUAAAGAGUGAAAAUCA